AUGCUGCUGCCGCUGCUGGUGCUACUGGUGCUGCUGGUGCCGGGCACGGCGCGGAGCGAGCGCCCGCCGCCCAUGGAGACGGCGCUCGUGACCCCGCUGCGCCUCGAGCCCGACAUCAACGGGCGGCCCUACGUGGGCGCCGGGCAGGCCGUGCUCUUCCUCCUGGCGGCCUUCGGCGACGAGCUCUACCUGCAGCUGGCCCCCGACGCGCACUUCGUGGCGCCCGCCUUGGCCGCCCGCCUCGGCCGCCCGGGCCUGCGCCACUGCUUCUACUCGGGCACCGUCAACGGCGACGGCGACUCCUUCGCCGCCCUCAGCCUCUGCGGCGGCCUGCGCGGCGCGUUCGGCUACCGCGGCGCCGAGUACGUGAUCAGCCCGCUGGCCAGCGGCCGCCCCGAUGGCGCCCACCGGCUGCAGCGGCGCCGCGCCGGGGCGGCCGCCUCGCGCUGCGCCGUGGCCUCCGGCCUCAACCCCGGCAUCCUGCAGGCGCUGGACAAGUACCGGGCGCGCGGGCCUCCGCCGCAGGAGGCCGGGCCGGCCGGCGGCAGAGCCAAGCGCUUCGUGUCGGUGCCGCGCUACGUGGAGACCUUGGUGGUGGCCGACGAGUCCAUGGCGAAGUUCCACGGCGACGACCUGCAGCACUACGUGCUCACGCUCAUGGCCACGGCCGCCCGGCUCUACAAGCACCCGAGCAUCCGCAACCCCGUGGACAUCGUCGUCGUCAAGUUCCUCGUCAUCGGGCAGGACGACAAGGGGCCCAAGGUGACGGGCAACGCGGCGCUGACGCUGCGCAACUUCUGCGCCUGGCAGAAGAAGUGGAACAAAGGCAGCGACAAGCACCCCGAGUACUGGGACACCGCCAUCCUCUUCACCAAGCAGGACCUGUGCGGGGCCACCACGUGCGACACGCUGGGCAUGGCCGACGUGGGCACCAUGUGCGACCCCAAGCGCAGCUGCUCCGUCAUCGAGGACGAUGGGCUGCCCUCGGCCUUCACCACGGCGCACGAGCUGGGCCACGUCUUCAACAUGCCCCACGACAACGUGAAGGCCUGCGAGGAGGUCUUCGGCCAGCUCAAGACCAACCACAUGAUGUCGCCCACCCUCAUCCAGAUCGACCGCGCCAACCCCUGGUCCCCUUGCAGCGCUGCCAUCAUCACCGACUUCCUCGACAGCGGCCACGGAGACUGCUUGCUGGACCAGCCCGCCAAGGCCCUGGCACUGCCCGAGGAGCUGCCGGGCGGCAGCUACAGCCUGGGCCAGCAGUGCGAGCUGGCCUUCGGCGUGGGCUCCAAGCCGUGCCCCUACAUGCAGUACUGCGCCAAGCUGUGGUGCACGGGCAAAGCCCGCGGCCAGGUCGUCUGCCAGACCCGCCACUUCCCCUGGGCCGACGGCACCGGCUGCGGCGACGGGCGCUUCUGCCUCAAGGGCGCCUGCGUCGAGAGGCACGACGUCUCCAAGGACAGGGUGGACGGCGGCUGGGGCAAGUGGGCGCCCUACGGGCAGUGCUCGCGCACGUGCGGCGGCGGCGUGCAGCUGGCCAAGCGCGAGUGCGACGCGCCCGCGCCGGCCGGCGGCGGCAGCUACUGCGAGGGCGUCCGCGUCAAGUACCGCUCCUGCAACCUGGAGCCCUGCGCCGGCACCGUGCCAGGGAAGAGCUUCCGAGAAGAGCAAUGCGAGGCUUUCAACGGCUACAGCCACAGCACCAACCGCCUCACCGCCUCCGUCUCCUGGGUCCCCAAGUACUCGGGCGUCUCGCCUCGGGACAAGUGCAAGCUCAUCUGCCGGGCCAACGGCACGGGCUACUUCUACGUGCUGGCGCCCAAGGUCGUGGACGGCACCCCGUGCUCGCCGGACUCCACCUCGGUGUGCGUGCAGGGCAAGUGCAUCAAAGCGGGGUGUGACGGCAAGCUGGGCUCCAAGAAGAAGUUUGACAAAUGCAGCGUGUGCGGAGGGGACAACAGGAGCUGCAAGAAGGUCUCGGGCUUAUUCACCAAACCCAUGCACGGCUAUAACUUCGUGGUGGUCAUCCCGGCGGGAGCCUCCAACAUCGACAUCAGGCAACGGGGCUACAAGGGCCUCGUCAGCGAUGACAACUACCUGGCGCUGAAGAACGGCCAAGGCAAGUACCUGCUCAACGGGCACUUCAUCGUCUCCGCCGUGGAGAGGGACCUCAUGGUGAAGGGCAGCGUGUUGCGCUACAGCGGCACCGGCACGGCCGUCGAGAGCCUCCAGGCCUUCAAGCCCAUCCAGGAGCCCUUGACUUUGGAGGUGCUCUCCGUGGGCAAGAUGACUCCUCCCCGCGUGCGCUACUCUUUCUACCUCCCCAAGGAGAGCAAGGAGGACAAGUCGGCGUACAGGAAGGAGGGCAAGAGCCCCCCGGACCUCAACAACAGCGUCCUGAGCGUGUCGAACCGCGUGGACGCGGGGCGGCCGAGCUACAAGCGCCCGUCCUACAAGUGGGCGGCGGGCGGCUGGGAGGCCUGCUCGGUGUCGUGCGGCGACGGGCUGCAGAAGCGCGCCGUGGCGUGCCGCGACUCGUACGGGCAGCCGGCGGCGGCGUGCGACGCGGCGCAGCGGCCCGCCGACGUGCGCGCGUGCGGAGAGCCCUGCCCGGCGUGGCAGCUGGGGCCCUGGGCGCCCUGCUCCAAGACGUGCGGCCGGGGCUUCACGAGGCGGGCGCUCAAGUGCGCGGCGCCCGCCGGGCAGCUGCUGCCCCGGGAUAGGUGCAAUUUUCGGAGGAAGCCGCAGGAGCUGGACUUCUGCACCCUGCGGCCGUGCUGAGCGGGCACGGGGUGUCUCUGGCUGGAGACGCGUGGCCCAAGGCGUUGGGAGAGGGCGAGAUGCCC